UGCUAGGUAACCGCUACUAACGCUAAACACUCGGUGAAUGCGACACAUCCAGAAAAGUUUUCUUUUCCAAAUUUGAUUUAAAAUGGGGAAAGAUUAUUACGCUACACUGGAAAUUAACCAAACUGCAGCUGACGCGGAUAUUAAGCAGUCGUAUCGUCGGCUAGCACUGAAAUAUCAUCCGCAGAUCAACAAGCAGCCCGGUGCUUACGAGAAGUUCAACCAACUUGCUGAAGCUUAUGAUGUUCUCAGUGACCCUCGGAAAAAGGCCACGUAUGAUAAGUUUGGAGAGGAGGGCCUUAAAGGUGGAAUACCUCCAGAGUCAGCGGCGAGCGGUGCAUGGUCUUCAGGAUACACCUACCAUGGAAAUCCUGAAAAAACAUUCAGGCAGUUUUUUGGAGGAGAUAAUCCUUUUGCUGAUUUUCACAUCACAGACGUCGAACUUGGCUUUGGAGGCCUCCGUGGACAAGCAGUAAAAAAGCAGGAUCCACCUAUUGAGCGAGACCUGCAUUUAGCCUUAGAGGACCUUUUCCACGGAUGUACCAAAAAGAUAAAGAUUUCCCGGCAUGUGAUGAAUGAAGAUGGGCAGACAUCAAGCAUCAAGGACAAGAUUCUAAGCAUCACAGUAAAACCAGGCUGGAAGGAAGGGACACGGAUAACAUUUCCCAAAGAGGGUGAUCAGGGCCCAAACUGCAUCCCAGCAGACAUCAUUUUCAUCGUUCGCCAGAAACCGCACCCGAUGUAUGUCCGUCAGGGUAACAACUUGAUUUACACAGAAAACAUAUCACUCGAGAAGGCACUGACUGGGUUUUCGGUGGAGGUGGAGACACUAGAUGGCAGACUUCUCAACAUUCCCAUCAAUGAUAUUGUAUGUCCACAGUACAGCAAGCUGGUGACAGGAGAGGGAAUGCCUUUAUCCAGCCACCCAACUGCACGUGGAGAUCUGAUCAUCCGGUUUAAUACCCAGUUCCCAGAGAAGCUCUCUGCUGAGAAGAAACUGCUCAUUAAGAAAGCCCUCAACACUUGACUAACAUUUAUAAAACCCAUGGUUUUAUAAGAUCAUCCAUAACUUAUAUUCAUUUUAAUUUGUAUAGCGCUUUUAACAAUGAACAUUGUCUUAAAGCAGCUUUACACAUACACCGAUAUGUGUACAAACCGUUAUCAGUUCUGCUCUUGAGAAAUAAAAACACACUGCUGUAUUUUCAGAAACUUUAA